CCGGAACAGGCCGGAGCUCGCAGCCCGGCAGGUCAAACUGUGUUUUCUGGGCGCGCACGUGUGUGUGUGUGUAUGUGCGUGCGUGCGUGCGUGAAGAUGUCUGCGGUGCGGAGGCUGCGGUGCGUGCUGGAGCAGCGGCUGCGCGCGGCUGUCGCAGAGAUCUUUGGGCUGUUUGAAACAACAAUAACAGAGUACGAAGAAGAGAUUGAGCGCCAACGCAGACUGCUGGAAGAUGUUGUUCAGCCGGAGAUCCGGAUCCACAAAGCGGACAUCAAGCAGCUGCUGGUGAGCCAAGAAGAAGAAGAAGAAGAAGAAGAAGUGGUGGACCAGGAGGAGCCAGAGCCCCCCCACAUCAAAGAGGAGCAGGAGGAGCUCUGGACCAAUCAGGAGACAGAGCAGCUUCACGAUCUCACCACGUUCCCUGUGAAGAGCGAGGAUGAUGAGGAGGAGCAGCUCCUCUCCCCUGAACAAAGCUCCUCUGCUGCCAACAAACGGAGGAGAUCGACUUCCUGUCGUUCUGCCAAACGAGUCCAAACGCUGCGAGCGUCACUCGGCCGGCGGAUCAGCGCCGCCGUGGAAGAGAUCGUCGGGCUGUUUGGAAGAACGCUGGCGGAGAACGCAGAACACGUUCCACGCUCACACGGGAACGAGCAGCUGGAGCUUCUGGAGGCUCUUCAGCCUGACGCAGUUUCACCUCCAGACGUCCAGCAGCUGCUGGGGAGGAGAGAAGAGGUUCUCCCUGAGCAGCAGGAGGAGCCAGAGCCCCCGCCCAUUAAAGAGGAACAGGAGGAGCCGUGGACCAAUCAGGAGGCAGAGCAGCUUCAGGAUCUCACCACGUUCCCUGUGAAGAGUGAGGAUGAUGAGGAGGAAGCUCCGCCCUCACAGCUUCAUGAGAGCAGCUCCACUGAACAGAUGGAGACAGAGGCUGACGGAGAGGAAGCAGCUGCUGACCUUCAGCCCGUCAGCGAAGGCCAGCUCCUCUCCUCACACUCCUCUGAGACGGAGGACAGCGAGGACGAGCGGGGGGAGCGCAGACAGCCUCGGUCAGGCUCAGACUCACUGAACAAACCUGAAGGCAACAACAGAUCUAACACUGAGGAGAAACCGUUUAGCUGCUCUGUCUGUGGUAAAAGUAUCAGUCAUAAAAGGGACUUGAAAAAACACAUGAGAAUCCACACAGGAGAGAAACCGUUCAGCUGCUCCGUCUGCAGUAAAACAUUCAGACAGACCGGACACGUGCACAAACACAUGCAGGUUCACGUGAACGACAAGCCGUUCAGCUGCUCCGUCUGUGGACAGAUCUUCAGUCAGAGCAGAGCGGUGGUCACGCACAUGAGACUCCACACAGGAGAGAAACCGUUCAGCUGCUCCGUCUGUGGAAAAAGCUUUAAGAACAAAGGAGACUUCAACAGACACACCAAAGUCCACACGGACGAGAAACCGUUCAGCUGCUCCGUCUGCGGCACGAGUUAUAAGCACAAAGGAGACCUGAACAGACACAUGCAGGUGCACACGGGCCAGAAGCCCUUCAGCUGCUCGUUCUGCGGCAAAACGUUUGUCUUCAAGAGCAACAUGAAGGUCCACAUGAGGAUCCACAAGGGAGAGAAACCGUUCAGCUGCUCCGUCUGCAGCAAACGCUUCAGCCAGACCGGACACGUUCAGAAACACAUGCAGAUCCACCAGAACGACAAAACCACUUCUGCUGCCAAGACCACCGACUCGUAGCUGCUCGGUCUGCGGAGAGGAGCUUGGAAAAGACACAAAAGUUCAGGCGGGAGAAGCUUCAGGUGUUGUGUGUGUGUGUGUGUGUGUGUGUGUGUGUGUGUGUGUGUGUGUGUGUGUGUGUGUGGGACCAGGUUCACCAGGCACACACUCAUCAGAAACCCUGAGCGUGUUGGUGGAGCUGCAGAGCUGCAGGUUGAGCUGAUAGUUGUUACUCAGUUUGACAGGCUUUUAAAACCCCACCUGGACAGACUGGCUUUUGUAUAAUCUUUUAUACUGUGUAUUCAAACAUUUUAAUGUUCCUUUUUAUAUUUUGUUCCAUCUCUCUGUGUGAUAACUUGUUGGAAUAACUGCUUGUGUUGCAUUUUCUGGGCAUGAUGCUGUUUCAAAAGAAUGUUUUUGCUGACUUUGCACCUCUACUGUAUGGUGUCGUGUUUUGUGAAUCACCUAGGAACUCUGGUUUUGAAAGGCGCUAUAAAAAUAUAGUUCACUAUUAUCAUC